CUCCAUUAGUCCAUUUCAUAGCGCAAGCAAGCAUGUACCCAGCUGAGCUUGCCAGUUUUCCAUACUUAUCAUCUGCAACUAGUGCAACUAAUUCUUUCAAGCCUCAUUACCAGGUAGCUCCAGAUGACUUCCUCUUCCAGUACAACGACAGCAACAACCUCCUGGUUCCUCAGACCACAUCCUCCUACUACCAGCAGCAGGUUGCCCACCUGGUCCAUGAAGCUGGUCUUCUUCCGUUCGGAAACAAAUCAAACUCAGACGACGAGUCAGAGGACUACCAGCAGCACAGCCUCGCGGAGGAGCGACGGAAGAGGAGGAUGAUCUCCAACAGGGAGUCCGCGCGGCGGUCGCGCAUGAGGAAGCAGAAGCAGCUGAGCGAGCUCUGGGCGCAGGUCGUGCACCUCCGCAGCGCCAACCGUCAGCUCCUCGAUCAGCUGAACCAUGUCAUCAGGGACUGCGAUCGCGUGCUCCGUGACAACGCUGACCUGAGAGACGAGCAGGCCAGACUGCAGAAGCAGCUUGAGGAGCUCCCUGUAGCUGUAGAGAACACAGAAGAGGGUAAUGUCAUGGGUCCUAGCACAUGAGCUGCUGCCCAGGAUCAGAAGAUUAUUAGAUGUUAUAAUAUGAGAAACUAAACUUCAUUUUA